AUGGGGCUGCAGAUGCGCGUGCAGAGGGCAGCAGGGCGCACAGGGCGCACAGGGCAGCAGGGCGCGCGGGGCGCACAGGGCUGCAGGGCGCGCGAGGGCGCGCAGGACAGCAGGGCGCGCGGGGCGCGCAGGGCUGCAGGGCGCGCGGGGCACGCAGGGCAGCAGGACAGCAGGGCGCGCGGGGCGCGCAGGACAGCAGGGCGCGCGGGGCGCACAGGGCAGCAGGGCAGCAGGGCGCGCGGGGCGCACAGGGCUGCAGGGCACGCGAGGGCGCGCAGGACAGCAGGGCGCGCGGGGCGCACAGGGCAGCAGGGCAGCAGGGCGCGCGGGGCGCACAGGGCUGCAGGGCACGCGAGGGCGCGCAUGACAGCAGGGCACACGUGGCGCGCAGGGCUGCAGGACAGACAGCAGGGCGCACGUGGCGCGCAAGGCUGCAGGACAGUAGGGCGCGCGGGGCACGCAGGGCUGCAGGGCGCGCGGGGCGCACAGGGCAGCAGGGCAGUAGGGCGCGCGGGGCGCACAGGGCAGCAGGGCAGUAGGGCGCGCGGGGCGCGCAGGGCUGCAGGGCGCGCGGGGCGCACAGGGCAGCAGGGCAGCAGGGCAGCAGGGCGCUGCAGAUCCCCCCCCCCCCCCCCAACUGCUGCACCCGCAGCAGGGGGAUGGAGGAGAAGGGGGGGGGGGGGGGGGGGCGGGGGGGGGGCUGGUACUGCAGAUCCCCUCCCCCCUACUGCUGCAACAGCAGCAGGGGGAUGGAGGAGAAGGGGGGGGCUGGUGCUGCAGAUCCCCUCCCUCCCACUGCUGCUCCACAAUCCGUCACCCCCCAGGGAUGGAGGAGAAGGGGGGGGGCGGGGGGGCUGGUGCUGCAGAUUCCCUUCCCCCACUGCUGCUCCACUAUCCGUCACCCCCCAGGGAUGGAGGAGAAGGGGGGGGGCGGGGGGGCUGGUGCUGCAGAUUCCCUUCCCCACCACUGCUGCACCCGCAGCAGGGGGAUGA